AUGAACUGUGUCGCAAUGGAUAGCAACAACAAUGUUCUAGUAAAAAACUGGCCUCACCAACUCACUGAGACACUUGCAAAAGCCAUUGAGCCUGAACCACACGACUCAGUUUUGGUACCUAUCACCUACCAUGAAGUCUAUUGCAAUCAUGCGCACCUCUUGCUCUAUAAAAAUCCUCAGAAUGGAAUCAACAAUAACACAUUAUACCCUGUCUGCAUUCAAAUUCAAGGUAUCCUGGAGAAAAGCUUGUUCACUUUGCAUUUUGCACCAUCUGCUACACAGAAUAUUACAUUGGGUAGUGGACCCUUCAAAGAUCAAUGGGAAUCCUUGUUGCUGGCUAUAAGCAACUUGCAUCAACUAGUACAUAUCAGCUUGGAUGAGAAUGGCUACAAAGAGCCUCCUAUCACUGCUAUGUGCAGCUUGUACAUGCAACGCCGAGUGUUUUCUAAGAUAACGGCCACUAAUUGCGAAGUGUCAUCAGCCCUACACACAACAGAUGAUCCUUCCCAUAAAGCAGAUUUUGUAAAUGAUAAGUGGCGUGUGCUGCAAAAAAUCACCCUUGCACGCAAAGAUUCACAAGGAAAACUUGGCAUAAAGUCCGACUCCAAGGAACGCCAAUUGCCAGCCAACACCUCCAAUACUUUAUCAAUUGCUGUACAAUCUUUGGCCUUGGAUACUGAAUGA